CACUGGCCACCAGACGACUGCAAUAAUCGGCACAACAUUAUUUCCAUACUUUCUUUAUUUUAAGCUGUUUUUACCGUGGGCCUCACUUGUAAACAAUUACCGCUUAUUCUUGCAAAUACGGUCACCCCAAUCCAGUCUGCCAGACUGUGCCUGGGUUUCUAUUUAAUGUGUCCGAUAACCUAACUGAAAUGGUCUGGCAUCCGUGAGGCUAUGAGCCCCCAGCUGAUUGCCUUUGUAAUAUUCCUUUUGGCAACAAGAAAUACGAGUUGGGCCCAAAGCUAAACGCCAUGUUUCAGUUGAGUCGUACCCUGCAUCGCUGUCGAAACAGACCCCGAAUCCGUUUGGUUUCCACGUGGACGCCUCUGGCUACAGCUUUUAAUUCCCCUCCGGCAAGACGCAUCAACUUUACCCGCGACGAUGUGGGCCUUUUUCGUAUGCCAGAGCUUAGGAGCUUUGAGGGCUUCUACCUUCUGCGCGACAACGUGGAAAGCCGUACGCAGGAGCUCAUCACUGAAGCUGUUUCAGAGCAGCGGCAGCGGAAGAUGGUGGAUAUUUUCGACGAGCUCUCAGACUCGUUGUGUAAGGUAGCGGAUCUGGCCGAGUUCGUACGAAUCGCCCAUCCUCAGAGCAAGUACACCCAGGCGGCGGAGCAGGCCUGCAUCAGCAUUUGCGGGGUGGUGGAGAGCCUCAACACGCACAAGCCCAUUUAUCAGGCCCUGAGCCGUGUUGUGGAGCGUGGAGACUAUCUGCCAACCACCGAGGUGGACAGACAUGUAGCCCGACUGUUCCUUUUCGACUUUGAGCAGUGCGGCAUUCACUUGCCCGAGGAGGAGCGCUUGCGUGUAGUACGCCUCAACGACUACAUUCUUCAGCUGGGUCAAAAGUUUAUGAGCGGAGCAGUGCAGCCCAGCGUUUUUCCGCGCAGCCAAGUUCCAGAGCCCAUUCGUAACUACUUUCCGACCUCUGGCGACAAUGUUAUUAUCACGGGAUUGUGCACGAACGCUGAGAACGUGCAGAUGCGUGAGGCCGCCUACCGGCUGUAUCUGCAGCCGUCUGAGAGCCAGGAGGACCUACUGAGAGAUCUUCUGCUUUGCCGGCACGAACUGGCCCGCAGCUGUGGCUUUGAAACCUAUGCUCAUCGCGCACUUAAUGGUAGCACCAUGGAAAAGCCUGAGGUGGUCCGUGAGUUUAUAGACGAGUUAUCUGAGAAGCUGCGGCCGCGUGCUGAUGCAGACUUCGCUCGGAUGACGCAGAUGAAACGCCAGGAGAGCGGGCAGGCUAAAGCUAUUGUCGAGGUUUGGGACACGCCGUAUUUUACCACCCAGCUGAGACGACAGUCACUCGAGGAACAAGCCAACGAGUUCCUGCCCUACUUCUCGCUAGGCGGCUGCAUGGAAGGACUGAACAACCUUCUUCAGUCGCUCUACGGUGUACGGCUGGAGAACGUCGAGAUGGAGCCAGGCGAGUCCUGGCACAACGACAUCUAUAAGCUGGCCGUAGUGCACGAGGUUGAAGGACUGCUGGGCUACAUCUACUGCGACUUUUUUGAGCGUUCGGGCAAGCCCAACCAAGACUGCCACUUUACCAUCCAGGGCGGCAAGCGUCUGCCGGAUGGCUCUUAUCAAUUGCCCGUGGUAGUGGUCAUGCUGGGGCUAGCUCAGCCACGCUGGAGCGGGCCAACUUUGCUGUCACCGGCGCGAGUUGACAACUUAUUUCAUGAGAUGGGUCACGCCAUGCACUCGAUGCUAGCUCGCACCGAGCACCAGCAUGUGACGGGUACGCGCUGCUCGACGGACUUUGCCGAGGUUCCAAGCGUGCUCAUGGAGUACUUUGCCGGCGAUCCCCGUGUGCUGCGGACCUUUGCCCGCCACUUUCAGACCCAUGAGCCAAUUUCGGAAGAUAUGCUGAGUCGGCUGUGUGCGUCUAAGCACCUUUUUGCUGCUAGCGAGACGCAGCUUCAGGUGUUUUACUCAGCCUUGGACCAAGAGUACCAUGGAGCGGAAGCGCGUCAUGGAGGCAGCAGUACUGAGACACUACGCGCCGUGCAGAGUCGCUACUAUGGCCUGCCUUACGUGGAAAACACUGCGUGGCAGCUGCGUUUCUCUCACCUAGUGGGUUAUGGAGCCAAGUACUACGCCUACCUCGUAUCGAAGACGAUCGCAUCGUGGAUCUGGCAAACAUACUUCGAAGCGAACCCCUAUAACCGGCAGGCGGGAGAGAAAUACCGCGCAGAAAUUCUGGCCCACGGAGGAGCCGUUCCCAGCAGAAAGCUGGUUGCUAACUUCCUACAACGCGAAAUGACACCCAGCGUGUUGGCCGACAGCCUGAUCAAAGAGAUUGACGCCGACGAAUCAAAAAUUAGGGAUUUAAUGGUCAGCAGAAGUUAAUGUACUUCUCACACACCUCCAAUUGUAUAUAUUGUACUCUUCAUAUUAUACUUAGUUAACUAAA